AUGUUGGUCAAGACCGAAAUGGGGAGAAAAUCAAGCUGGGGAAGGUUCUUUCUCUUGGAACUGAUUGUCUCCUGCAUUCUCGCCCUGUUCUUUUUGCUCUAUUUCAAUCGACUCUUCGCGAAUCUCAUCUCCUAUGCGAUCCGAGCAUACACCUGGCAUUACUACCGCGCAUACGUUGAUAUCAACGCACUGCAAAUCUCCCUACUUGGAGGGAGAAUCUUCUUCAAGGGCAUUCGGUACCAUGGCGUGAACGAGACUAUAUUUAUCCAUGGAGGAUUCAUAACAUGGCGCUAUUGGACGCGAGCAGUCGAGCGAAAUGACUUGACAGGGAUUCGACACAAGGCAAGCCCCGCUCAUAAUACCUCAAGUAAAGGACAUGUGAGGUCCCCGGGCGAUGGAACGGAUGACAAUCUGGGGGAGCAAGGUGGCAUGAGAAAUACUUCCAAAUUGCCGUGCCGGAUCACUAUCAACACAUAUGGCCUUGAAUGGUUCAUCUACAACCGGACUCCCGCUUAUGAUAGUCUUCUUGCUGGCUUUGGAUACUCCCCCAAGGAUGUUGAUUUAGACGACGUCAAUCCCAAACCCCCAGGGUCUCGCGCGACGGCAGAAAAUGGCGACGCAAGCAACGCCUUUGGUUUUGAAGAUACGUCUAGCCAUCAGCCAACCAUGAAACCCAUGUCAGAGCGCAGCAUGAGUGAGAGUGGCGAGGCUGCGUCACAGAGGAAUAAGAUCGGUGAAUCAGAACUAUCGGACCCUGUGUCCAAUAUGUUACAACUCCUCCCUGUGAAGCUGGAUUGCCAAAAAGGAGCCAUUGUCAUGGGAAACGAGCAUACCCGAUCUGUGUUGACAACGACAUUCGACACUGGAACAGGCACCAUCGAUGCUUCCAAUUCGGGCCCUCUUGAUUUAUAUCGUCAAGUAUUUUCAUUUCAAUUCAAAAAUCCAGUGGUCCAAAUGCGACCAAACCCGGACUUCAAACAGAACCAGUUGGCGACUGCUAAAGACUUGGGUGCCGUGCAAGAGAAAGAGCCCACAUCGAAGAAAAAGCCGCAACAUAUGUUCAACUAUCAAUUCCAGAGGCGCAGAGUAUGGCACAGCAUUCGAGACUUGGUCCCGUAUUUCCAGACAUCUGUCGAAUCGUUCCAUAACGAUGGUAAACACACCAAUAGUAUGCCGAGAAGCCAGGCGGAGUUUCCCGAAGUCCGCUGGACCGGUCUCUCCCGAUAUCUUGACGAAGGGAGCGAGGAUGACCAUGAGAAAUGGAACUCAGUUGAAUAUGGCAGGUUUUCUACCAUCUUGGAUAGCCCUAGCUUGAAUAUUACCUACUUCUGGGACAUCCCUGGACGAGUCGUGAUUCAACCAACGUCAACUGCUCGGCCUCAACCAGCGGAUAACAAUAUCAACUACGCUGCUCCUCCAGAAUGGGGGAUUGACAUCAAGAUUGACGGAGGUACGAUAAAUUACGGACCAUGGGCUGAUAGGGAGCGGGUUGGGCUGCAGAAUGUCUUUUUUCCAAACUUCUACCGCAACGCUGAGCCAACAGAGCAACUAGUCCUUGGUGUUCUGCGACAAAGCACAUCAUUUAGGUUGCGCGUGGAAAUCAACGAGGCGUUGACAUUACGCAUUCCAACACGAGAGCCUUCCAAGGAUUGGCAGUGGAAGGGCCGUGCUGAUGCCGUUGGGGGUGCAUCGAGAGCAAAGAAACCAAGUGAUCAAAAAAAGGCUCGAGCCAAAGAAGGUGAAAAGGGCUAUCUUGGGCCUGAAAUUCGCCCGUUUGGGUGGCUUUCCCUUUGUGUUGCCGCCGACUCUACCAUCAAUUAUACCAUGGACAUGGUGGGGUCGAGCGCUGGGUUUCGAAAUGAACUCUCUAUCGACUUGCGAGAGUCGAGGUUAUCAUCCAGCAUCAAUCAUGGAUUGCUCUGGGAGUGUCCUCGGCAACAAGUCACUUGCGAUCUGUCCAACCCGCUCUCCUGGAAUAGUCUUCGCUCCUGGAAAUUUACGGUUGAAAGCCAAGACCUACAGCUUUUCCUUCUACGCGACCACAUAUUCCUUGUUACAGACCUUGUCAGUGACUGGGCCUCGGGACCGCCCUCGGACUACUACACAUUUGUGCCUUUUAUCUACAACCUCGAUCUCAAUUUUUCCAACUUCCAACUUUACAUUAAUGUCAAUGACCGAAACAUCAUCAAUAAUCCUUCGGAUCUAGAUGAUAACCGAUUUAUUGCCAUCGAGGGCAAGCGCCUGACGUCAAAUAUUAUGAUACCAUUGAACAAAUACCAACCUGAACAAAAUGCCAUCGAGUUCAGGGUCAACCUUGAAGAUGGCGGCGUGGACUACACAACUCCUCUAUGGGAUACCCUGCACGAGUUCUUGCCGCAAAAAUCCAUGGCUACCCUCGAGAAUUUGUUCAUUGACGGCUCUUAUAAUUAUUUCCAGUCAACGUCCCCGGAAUUGACCGACACGCUAAUGCUCAACAUCGAUGGCCAUUUACCUCGUCUAUACCUUUUUGGGUUCUUGAUCAAGAGUUUCAUGACCGUCAGAGAGAACUAUUUUGCCGCCAUCAAACCCCCCACAGGGGUCAACCCAAACCGAAAGUCGAAUGACAUGGAUGUGCUUGUGCAUGUCACAGUUGACGGCCCCCGUGCUUUACUUCCUGUGAAUAUCUAUGACAACUCAAAGUGUAUGGGAAUCAGCGCUGCCUCACUCGAAGCGGAUCUACGCUUCACUAAUUAUUAUAUGGACUUGCAGUUUUCUGUCACCCCAGUGAAGAUUGAUUUGGAGGCCACCCAGCUGGAUGGCCCUUCCACUAUCUCUAGCACUCAGCUGUUCAUCGAUGGAAUCUCGGUCUACGGGCAUCGUCUGUUUGGCUUGCCGCCACUUGAACCAACCUACGUUUGCAAUUGGGAUUUUGACGUUGGUAGAAUUGUCGGAGAAUGCUCCACCGAGUUUUUGGCCUGCUUGACUUCAUCUUUGAAGAGCUUUGAUUUCUCGUUUGACAAUGAGGAAAAUGCUUUGCCAACGCUCUUCCCUGAGCUUUUAUUUGACGUCACUUUCUUGAGAGCCAAGAUUGAUUCUAUCCAUGUAUCCGUGCUACUGGACCAAACAGCUGUGAUUUUGAGCACACAGCCCCUGAAUGUGCACUUCAAUGAUUGGGCAAAUACCAAGUUUUCGAAACGCAUGAGCCUUCGAGUCCCGGAUAUUUCCAUCGCUGCCGUUGAACGUCAGUCUGUCAAUCAGUACAAUCCAUCGGCGGGAGAAAUGAUCUCCCCCAUAGGACUUUUCCAGUUCACAAUUGGGCUGAAAAUGGCUUUGCGGAAAUCUGAUAUUGCCGAAAGUCGACGACUUCAGCAAGAACAUAUCAAAACCCAUGAUCAGCGGACUCACAGGGCACAGUGGUUGCUCUUUGACUGGGAGGAAACUGGGCCAGCUUCAACGCUUCCUCCUGACGAAGACGUACUCCCUCCAACCAUGGCUAUACCUUCAAUGCCUGAGCCUAUUCAUGACAGGCAUGGCUCAAUUGAUGCGCCGUCAUAUCACAGAGCUUCAGGGCCCCGUUCUAGUGGAAGCGCCAAGAGUUUUCUUGUCCAGUCAGAAGCAUCAAGUAUGAACAGUGUCCGGAUACACACUACCAAAAGCCCCAGAGUAGCCUCAGAUCCUGUUCCCAAAUCACGGCCUUUUCUGCCUACCAGAGGAUCGACCGCGUCCGUCGCAAAACCCAACCGGUCGAGAGAUGGUCCAAACUCCGGGUUUCGGGCAGGCGCAUUCUCUUCCUCUCCAACAACAGACGCAAACCCAUGGAUAAUGCCAUUUUUCUCAUACUACAAGCUUCAUUUGGAUACAUCUGAGCUUCCCUUGCCAUUCACGGAUGAAGGUGACACGAUGAACGAAGACUCUGCAAUGAAUCAGAAGUCCGUGUUUCUAACAUUCGAUGAUGAUCAAACGAAAUACACAAAUCUUGCGUGCGAUAUCCCGUUGGGUAUUCGAGGAUUUUGUACAUCCAAAUUCCUUCUGACUCUAGCUGCCUUACUGGAUGGGUUAGAACCGAAGCAUCCUACACGAAUCAUCGACUCGCUUCAAGAGGAUGUGAUAUCGAGCAUUGUUGGCUACGAUAAUGCCAUGAGCCAACCAAGAAUUUCAACAGCUGUUGCUCUUCGCGUUCCAUCUAUUCAAUUCCGACUAGUCGACCUGUCUGAGGCCCCUAACAACAAACAAAUCAAGUUCCGCGAUGAAUAUAGCAUCGAGAUCCGUCGUCUGAAUACUGAGUUCCAAAGGAAGGUUCAACGCCGCAAAGGCGAUCUGCUCGAAGGUCUCAAACAAGGAGUGACGAUUCAUGCGGCAGCGGACCAUGUCUCAAUUUUUGUCGAGGGCAGUGGAGCAGAUUCUUUUCACGAGAAAGCCAUGUUUAAUUCUCACUUGGAAGAUAUGAACUUUUGGCUUGUGACCUCGCCAAAUGUUCGCUCUAAUCUUCAAAUGCGAACAUUCAAUACAAUAACAUCAGCAAAGUCGGUAGAGCGUCUCGCAUUUCUUGUUCGUCGCGCCACGACCAUGUUUGAUUCUGUCGCGUCGUCAUUUCAGCAGCUUUUAACAUCCAGCGAGAAGCGCGUACAAUACCUCUUGUACUCUCUCACCCAAUCGGCUACUGAUAUACCUGAUCCAAUCUUUCUUGCUCGCAUAUCUUAUGUUCUCAGGGUUGCUUCGACUCACCUGCGGCAGCAUGACUCGUGGAAAAUAAUAUCUCGCAUUCGCAAGAUUUACAACAGCCUACCUUCUCAUCAGAAGCGUGAGUUGGAGCAGAAAUGCCUAUGUGACAGUUUCCCUCUGCCAGCGAAUGCCAAAAAGGCUGUAUUAUCUGGCUUUGACCACUGGCGAGCUUGGGACCUGGCACAUGUUGCCAAAAGCUAUGCCAUGCGCCGUGUUUGGCCACACGCCGCUGAACGGCAGCAGACCUCGCGGCCUUCAAUGUUCCUUUCUUCUACUAUCCACACAUUCCGAUUUUCCAUGGAUCCUGGUCCGAGAGAAAGCGACUUGAUCAUAGGGAAUUUGUCUACUGUUGCAUCAUUUGCUUCAGACUUGCCUGAAGGUGAAGGGGUGCUGGGUAAGCACCUCAUUACCCUACAGUCCUAUUGUGGAUCAACAGCUCUGAGGCUGCGCUGGGAAAUUCUGGACCUUGUUGAAGGGGUGGUCAAGGUUAUGUCAAAUAUCACACUUGAAUCCUCGCCGGGCCAUGUGCCAAGUGACAAGGUCCAAGAUAAGACCCCGACCGAGCUGCAGUUCAUUUUUGGCACCGAUUUCGGUUCCAUCACUCUUGACGGUAUUAAUGUUAAGCUUGCCAUGAUAGCGAAAGCUCUCCGAGGAUCGAUUGUGCAUAAGUCGCUUGGUGCCAAAAAAUCAGAACACGAAGACCUCGCUAUAUUGUUUAGCGCUGAGGGGUGCUCAUCUGAGCUUCAAAGUCAAUCCAUGACUCUGAUGCUCUCGAGAAUUGCUAACCCAUACAUCUACCUUUCGCUUACAUCAGAUGAAGAUACCAACGAAUGCAGACAUGAUUGGAAGCUCGCUGGGUCUUGCAGGAAGCUUCGCUAUGACAUGAAAGAGGAUCCUGUCAGCUUGGCACACACAGCGGACAGACUUAUCGCGGACGAAGUUAGAUAUAUCCGACAACUUGUGGAUAGUGUCAAAGUACCAAAGCCGAAAUCCGACCAGAGCCUCGCGUCAAAUAAACCUACUCGUGACACCUUCCAUGCGGCAAUGUUCCUAGAAGACUAUCGGUUUACCUUCAGCCUUCUGCCAUCUUUGACCUACUGUGUGUCGGGUGAGGUAGCUCGCAUGUCAGUGAUGCCUGCAGAAGCAUCCAAAAUCGAGGUUGACUUUGAUGUGAAGAAGAACUCGCAUAUGUUCGUAUCGGGUGAAGGCGAUAGAUUCAAUGUUUUGUCAAUGUUGGAGAUACCUCCCGUAAAUGGGCGAAUCCUUGCCAACUUCUUGUCAGAACGCAAGGAAGUGGAGGUCGAUGUCACGAUUGAACUCAUCCGCCUGGAAACCAGUGCUAUGCGCAGUCUCCUUGCUGUUCUGACAGGUCCUGAUGUUUCCCAUUUGAUUUGCGACCUCAAGCAGAAUUUAGAUGUUCUCCAGUCACACUUGAAAGACGUGCUGUCGAUACAGAGGGAGCCCCCAAAGCCCAAAGCAGCAUCUGGUACCGAGGAGAUUCUCUACAAAUCUCGCCUUACAAUGGCUGGACUCGAAGUUCAUGCCAUCGCGCCUGGUCUUAAUAGCAAAGGUUACUCUGCCGAGAUGAUAUUCAGUCUUGGAAUGAUGCGUAUGCGACUUCAAAACGGACUAGACCGAGGAUACCCCAUGGAGCAUCCCGAGUUCAACAUCGAUGCGUCUCAAAUUAGGUUCGACCUGCUAAGACGAACAAACGCUGAUACCCAAUUAUAUGGUGGCUUCUCUGCUGGAGUGAAACUUCAGGGAACCUCUGCGGUCCGCGAGAAUGGGGAGAUUACAAGAGCAUACCAUUUUACCAGCGACAGGUUCGAUGUCGAACUAUUCGCUGAGACAGCAGCCCUCGUGGUCGACAUUGCCGUAUACACACAAGAGCGCAUCAAGACCUUGGACCUUUCCCACGAAGUCAAGCGCCUUAGAAAAUUGAGACAUGUUGGACACAUUGAUACAAAUGACGGGGCCCCCGCUGCCCCCGAAAUUCAUGUCAACGAUGAGUCCACCUCGGAGACAUUCCUCAAUGCUCUUUACUCUUUACAAUUUCGGACUAUUACAGUCGCUUGGAAUAUGGCCGCGAUGCACAACAAGUCUGGUCGACAGCCCGAGGACUUGGUCUUUUCAAUCCAGCAAGUCGAGUUGUCCAACAAGAAGAAGAAGAAUGCAGCCAAACUUCGAAUUGAAAACAUGCAACUUCAGAUGGUACCAUUCGGAACGGACAGAGGAAAGCGCUCGCUAAAUUCAGCCCUUAUGCCAGAGUUGGUCUUCAACGUGGCGUACUCCUCUAUAGGGAAGGAAUUGUCGCUUGUUUUUCAAGCAGCUGGCAAAUCUCUCGACAUUCGCGCUACGUCGGAGUUUAUCAUUCCGGCCAGUAUGAUACGAGACUCAAUUGCCACCGCAAGCGAGGCGCUUCGUGAUGGCAAGGCUGUUUGGGCAACCAGAGCAGACUCUCCCGAAAAUACCAAUAUCAACAAAGAUCGCAACCUCUUCGGCAACAGACGAUUGCGGUCUCUCCUCGUCGAUGUUGACUUUGCAGGUGCUACUGUCACGCUUCAAGGAAAGCUUGGCCAUGAUCACCAGACAUUGUUAGCAGCCACAUGGAAGGGUAGCCGACUCUCCGACGCAAAGUAUGGCCAAUAUGUACAAGGCGAUGCAGCGACCACAGCAACCCUCCGAGCACCGGGAGUGGCGUUCAAAGUUCAAUUCGAGGACAACGGUACUGAUGAUCCUGCACUGAAUGCGGAGCUGAAGGUUGACCCCUCGACGAACACAUUGUAUCCUACCCUUGUUCCUCUCGUCAAGCAAAUGACCGCCACGGUAAAGGAAAUCAUGGGCAGCCAGCAGGGCCAGUCCCGAAGGCCAUCUACAGCAGCGAAGCUACAAUCACAGAAACUGAUGCAGGAGAAGCCAUUUGGCGCCGCCGAUCCGACCAGCAUCCUUGGUCGAUGCAAGGUAAACCUGGGACUGCUGUUUUGCAAGCAGGAGUUUAGUUUGAGCUGUCAGCCUAUUGCAAGGGUCGCAGCAACUGCAAGGUUUGAAAGUGUCUACGUGACUGUCAACACGGUCUUAUCAGAAGAGCAUGGUCGGUUCCUUGCUCUCUCUUUAGCAUUCAAUAGUUUGGAAGCAUCUGUAAAGCAUGUGUACUCCAAUGAAUCGACCGCAAGCUUCGAAGUCAAGUCUAUGGUGUUGUCUUUGAUGAACAGCAAGCACCUUGGCCGAAUGAACGGAAUGUCAGCUAUCUUGCAUGUCAGUCCAAUGAAGGUCGCCGUCAAUGCCAAACAAGUUCAAGACUCUUUGCUCUUCAAGGAGAUUUGGCUUCCAUCCGACAAUGAGACUACUUCGAAUGAGCCCGACCAGUCAGAACCGUCUGAAGCGCAAACCUAUAUCGUGCAGCGAUACCAACAGGUUGCCUCAGCGUCCGCAUUCCCCUGGAACACUACCAUCGCGAUUGAGAAGCUCGAGAUUCAACUCGAUUUAGGCUCGACGCUAGGCAAGGCACAAUUUGCCAUUGUUGAUUUGUGGGUAUCUACCAGCAAGACAUCCGACAAUGAGCAGAACAUGUGUAUCAAUUUUGGAUCAGUUGCCAUCGAGAGUAAGGGUCGCAUGAGUGGCAUUGUCGAACUCGGAAAGCUGAAGAUUCAUACCUCCAUCGAAUGGCCCGACUCCCCUGGAACGGGACGCACACCGUUGAUUCAAGCCACGAUUGCCUUUCAACACCUCCAAGCCAAGGUGUCAUUUGACUACCAACCUUUCUUGGUUGCACAUAUCGCGAUGUUCAAUUUCUUGAUGUACAAUGUUCGAAACACGUCCGACGCGCAGAGUCAGCGCCUUUUCAGUAUUCUAGAAGGCGACAAAGUCCAGCUAUUCUGCACAUCUCUAACAGCAUCACAAACUUUGGCGCUAUUCCAGGCUUGGCAACGCUUGAUUCAAGACGUUCAGGCCGCCUACAAAGCAUCACUACUCGAGGUAGAACGGUACCUCCGUCGAAAGUCUUCUACCCUUCCCGAGCGCCUCGAAGUCAGCGCCAAGGAUCUAGCAAAGAAAGACAACGACCGACCUGAAAAAGCACCCAUCUCUCUACACACCGGUGUCGUCGUAAAAAUCCACCACGUUAACCUGGGAACAUUCCCCAGCUCAUUCUUCGACAACCAGAUCUUCAAGGUAGAAGCCCACGAUGCCGAGGCCCGAUUCGCCGUCUCGCUCGAAGCAAACAAAAUCCACAGUGCCCUAGGCCUAACAUUGGGCCAACUUCGCGUAGCACUAUCCAGCAUCACGCGACCCACAUCAGCCCAACUUGACGAAAUCGCAGUGGACGAGAUCGCCGAGCGAGCCGCAGCAUCUCGUGGCGGAACAAUUCUCAAAGUGCCCCGACUAGUCGCGAGCAUGGAAACCUGGCAGGUUCCAGGAACCCAUCAGAUCGACUACCUAUUCCGCAGCACGUUCGAGGGCAAAGUCGAUGUCGGCUGGAACUACUCGCGCAUCAGCUUUAUCCGCGAUAUGUGGGAGGCGCACUCGCGUGCGCUCGCGUCGCGACUUGGCAAGCCUUUGCCGCCGUCUGCGGUGCGCAUUACCGGUGGACCGGGAAGCGGUGGUGAAGGAGGUGGUGCUAGCUCUGAGCAGCAGGAGAAGAUUACUGCGGUUGUCAAUGUACCCCAGUCCAAGUAUACCUAUACUGCGCUUGAGCCGCCGGUGAUUGAAACGCCGCAGCUCCGGGAUAUGGGUGAGGCUACGCCGCCGUUGGAGUGGAUUGGGUUGCAGCGCGAUAAGCUGCCCAAUGUGACGCACCAGAUUAUUAUUGUCACGCUGUUGGAGAUUGCUAAGGAAGUGGAGGAUGCUUAUGGCAAGAUACUGGGGUCGUAA